UUUGUUCCAACGAGCAAUAUACCCAGAGUGACCAGCAGCAACCACAACCGCUUCUUCUUCUCUCCUCCUCAUCUUCUUCCAUUGAUACCCUUCAAAUAUCUCUCCCACCUUAAUCCCAAUAACGUUACAUACACAUCUCUUCAAAAUCACACCACCAUUGAUUCAAUUCAAUUCCCAGAUUCACCAAUCUAUUUUGUCGGCAACAACAACAACAAAUCUGCACCAUUUCUAUUCUGGGUUUGAGUUGGGGAGGAGGAAGAAGAGAGAUAGCUUCUGGGUAUAUUCGUUUAAUGGAGAAAGGGAUCUUUUUUAUGCUAUUGGUCAUGGUGUUUUGGAAUCUAACGUUUAUUAACGCCGACGCCGACGAUUUCUCCGUUAGGGUUCCGUUUUGUGCUACGAGGUCUAUUAAAGAUUACAUCUUUGGGUUCCGAGAUCAGACUUGUGUUGAAUCAUCCCAGCGUCCUCGUUUUGUUGUUGUCACCGAGGGUGAUGAGCGUUGGUUGCAAAUAGCUUUGGAUAUGAUACAUAAGAACAAGUGUGAUUAUGUGGCUUUGCUUUUCUAUGCAUCGUGGUGUCCUUUCUCAAGAUCGUUUAGACCGAGUUUUGAUGUUGUUUCUUCUCUUUACUCUUCUAUUCCGCAUUUUGCGAUUAAGGAAUCGUCUGUUAAGCCGAGUACCCUUUCCAAGUAUGGAGUUCAUGGGUUUCCUACGCUUUUGCUUUUGAAUUCGACUAUGCGGGCGCGAUAUCGAGGGAGUAGAAUGCUUGAUUCUCUUGUUGCUUUCUAUAGUGAUGUUACCGGCAUUGAAACGCUGGAUAAAACUUCUCUUGAGAGAAGCGUAUCAGUUCUUCAUCUCGAGAACCAAAACAACACUGAGCCAGAAAACUGCCCCUUUACAUGGGCAAGAUCACCUGAGAAUAUGCUUCGACAAGAGACCUAUCUGGCUCUUGCCAUUGUAUUUGUCCUGUUGAGAUUGCUCCACUUGAUAUACCCUACACUCGUUGUCUUUAUGAAAUUCACUUGGAGACGGAUUGCUCAGAACAUGAGACUUGAAAGCCUGCUAGAACACACCGUCGGGUUUCUGAGCCGAGCUGUACAAUUAUGCAUGCACAGGAGGAGCAAUCUUCAGGGAGGAGCUAUGAACGCCAGAGCAUGGGCCUCCAAGUCUUUGGCCACUGUCUCAAUUGGGGAUUCAAGUUCAUCAAACAGAGGAAGUUCAGCUUCUCAGUGACUUCUAAAGUUCUAUAAUAUAGCAAAUGUGGUCAGCUAAAAUGUUUUUGGCUGUAUCAGUUACAGCUUUUCAGGAAAAGUUUUGCCUCUUUCCUGUAUAAUCACUAGUUCCUCUAGACCAACAACUUUGGAGAGGGCUUAAUUCAUAGCUGAACAUUUUGUAGUAGAAGUGUAUAUGUCAUAAGAUGGCAAGAUUAUAAGUCAAUUCAUAUUUUUUUGUCAA